UGCAUCUCUCGCGCUACCCACAUUCGGCGACUUGAUCUUGUUUAGGAAGGGCAGACCGGCCUUAUCAGCACAUUGCGUCGCGUGCCUUCAACUGCACCGUCGACACUUCAAUCGCAAGCAUGGCAGCUGCAGUGGCAAGAGCGCCGCCUAUGCCAGGUUGCACUUCAACAUCUCCCACGCAUCUCUCGCUCAAUACGUCGACCCGUGGCGCUCCCGUCGCCAUACCCAACAAACAUAUUCCAGUAUGCUCGCCAGGUGGUAUUCCAGCAACACCACCAGCUUCUCCACCGCGAGACGACAUUCGCAUCGACACGUCCUCGAUCACAUAUCCACCGGAGAAGUACUGUACCGAGUUCUGCAAUGAUCCUCCAGUGUACACAAUCACUGCAGACCGGAUGGCAGAGGCUCUGGAAUACAUGGCGACACACCCGCUGCCGAGCCCAGAGCAGGUCUUUCCAUGGCUUCAUGGUUUGCAUGCUGAGAACCAGAUUCAACUUGCCUUCUUCGCUUCUCGUCGCAAAGCCGCCCGCAAGAUUCCCAAUUGCAUUCGCAGCUUGACUAUCGUAAAGACUGGAGGAGAUUUGACUGUAUCAAAGAUGAAGGGUGCCAUUGCAGCUGAGGAGAUCCUUUGCGCAGGUUUAGAUGCUUCGCCCACCUUCAUGGAGUGCGAUCCCCAAGACGGCUUUUCCGUGCGCAACUUUCAAAUCCAAGCAUGCAAGUUAGCCAUGGUCUCCGACAUCAUUGUCUACGGAGAUCAGAAGACACACCCCAAUGACACCAUCGCUCUUGCCAAGAUGAUCUCACAGGCUCAACGAGAGUACGAAGUGCGCAACGAGUUCCCCACUGGCUUGUUCAACACGUUCAUGCUCUCAGAUUCAUUCGGCACCGUGCAAGAGAAACACCCAGAGCUUAUCGCUGUCGACCCUACUGGUCGCGUGACCGGUAACGUCGUCGAUUUCUUUUACUGGGAGCGAUACGAGAUGUGUGACAUGUCAAAGUCGUCCGAGAUCAGCAACAACGUGUUCUUGGGGCCUACACCCGAUUCGGCGCUUCAUCCAGACUGCUUGGGUGAGAACGAAUUUGACGUGCUCAUUGAAGCAACGGACCUUGCACAUGUGCCAGAGUCGCGGUCCUUGCGAACCCUGCGCAUGUCAAUGGAGAAGGUUACACGCAAGUCUGCGUUACACAUGGAGUUUCCAUCAUCUGGUAGCAUCAUGCCGCCCUCCUGGUCUCAUACGGAGGUCGAUGGUUUGAUGGAAACCUGCCGGUGGAUGUACGAUCUUGCCAACCCAUCAGAAGUCCGUCGAUCAAAGCGCAGACGGAGUGACGACGACGAAGCUAUCGAGCUAGAUGAUAUUGCCACGCCACGGAAGUUUCUGAUCCAUUGCACAGAUGGUUACACAGAAACCACCCUGCUUGCACUAGCUUACUUCAUGUACGCGGAAGGCCUUCCGGUUCAUGAUGCUUGGAUCCAGUUGCACAAGGAGAAGGGCCGCAACUUCUUCGCUUACCCUUCCGAUGUUGCACUUCUCACAACCAUCCAGCCACGUAUCUUGCAGGAGUCACCAAAGUUUAACAAGAGUGUCUUCAAUCUUGCCGAGCCACAGUGGCUGUCCAAGAUCGACGGCAGUUUGCCUAGUCGGAUCCUGCCAUACAUGUACCUGGGCAAUUUGGGCCAUGCCAACAACCCAGAAUUGCUCAAGGAAUUGGGUAUCACAAGGAUCUUGAGUGUCGGUGAAGCCCUGUCCUGGCCAGAUGACGCCAAGACACAGCUUCAAUGGCCCGAUAAGAACUUUCUGAUGGUAGACAAAGUUCAAGACAAUGGUGUUGAUCCCUUGUGGAACGAGUUCGAGCGCUGUCUUAAGUUUAUCGAAGCUGGAAAGGCUGCUGGCGAAGCCACACUUGUGCACUGCCGUGUAGGUGUGUCUCGAUCAGCGACGAUCUGCAUCGCAGAAGUCAUGAAAGAGAUGAAUUUGUCAUUUCCCCGUGCCUACUGCUUUGUCAGAGCACGACGACUGAAUGUCAUCAUUCAACCGCAUCUUCGAUUCACCUACGAACUUCUUAAGUGGGAAGAGUAUCAGCGUCAGAGACGCAACGAGCCUCUUCGCCGCGAGCUUGAGUGGGCAACCGUCGCGCGCGAGAUCGCGCUGAUGAACAAGCCCUACUCUAGAUGACCUUACGACCUGUAUCCAACAUGAUUUACGACCAACCUGUGUACGACCACUACACGCACGCCGCCCACGGAAUGUGGGCUUUAUUAGCACACCAAGCGAUGUUGCAAUGUUCU